GUCCCGACAAUUUAGAAUAUUGUCUGAAACAUACAGAAGCUUCAAUAGUAAUUGUCGCUAAAUCACACAUCAAAAAUCUGCUAAAUCUUUUCGGAAAACUUUCUACCUUAAAAGUUAUAAUAUCACUUGAUUCUCUUGAAGAUCCAGCCUGCAAAUUUCUAAAAUCUGAAGCAACUCAAAAAAACAUCCUUCUUUAUGAAUUUUCACAAAUUGAGAAGUUUGGGCAACAACAUUUUAGGGAGAGUAUUUCAUCUCAUCCUGAUGAUUUAUUUAUAAUCAUGUACACUUCAGGAACGACAGGUUUACCUAAAGGCGUUAUGAUAAGUCAUGGUAAUCUCUUAGCAGCGAUGUGUUCUGUUUAUCACGCUAACGAUGAGGCUCCAGGUUCUCGAGUACUCUCUUAUCUACCUUUGGCUCACAUUUUUGGUGUCAUGGUAGAAUCCCUUGCAAUAAUGUAUGGUAUCUCAAUUGGCUAUUACAGUGGUGACCAAAGCAGAUUGCUCGAAGAUGUCCAAGUUUUGCAACCUAUAGUAUUUUCCAGUGUGCCUAGAUUAUUUAAUAAACUGUAUCAAAUUAUAAAAGCCGCUACAAUUGAUGCUCCUGGUGAGGAAGGAGAGAUAGCAAGACAAGCAUAUCAGAAGAAGUUGGCGCAUUUUAAAAAAACUGGGGAGUUGAAAUACGAAGAAUGGGACAAAUUGGCAGAGAAAAAGAUUUGCGGGAUUCUUGGCAAAAAUAUUAGGACUUUGUUUUGCUCUGCGGCAUCAUUGAGUGAAAAUGUUAUGGAAUUUUUAAAAAUCGCCCUUGGUGUUAUUUUUGUUCAAGGAUAUGGACAAACAGAAUCUACGGGAGCUGGAUCAAGAGUCCUUAUUGGUGAUAUUAUGACAUCUCAUUUAGGAGCGCCUUCACCAUGUGUUGAAAUCAAGCUUGUAGAUGUUCCAUCUUUAAAUUAUUACAGCACUGAUAAACCAAAUCCAAGGGGCGAAAUUUGUCUUAGAGGCGCUUCAAUUAUGAAAGCCUACUUUAAAGAUGAAAAAAAGACAAAAGAAACUAUAAAUGAGGAAGGAUGGUUACAUACUGGAGAUGUGGGAGAGAUUGAUGACCGUGGCUGUCUAAAAAUUAUCGAUAGGGUUAAAAAUAUAUUUAAGUUAGCUCAGGGUGAAUAUAUUGCCCCUGAAAAAAAUCAACGCUUUUUAGUCGCAAUAAUCGUUCCAAACAGAGAAAUGUUUAUUCCUUGGGCAAGCCAAUUUGCUAAAGGUUUAGAUUAUGAAACACUAGUGAAAAAUAAUAUUAUUAUCAAUGAAUUUUUGAAACGGUUAGAUACAAUUGGAAAAAAUAAACUUCAAGGAUUUGAACAAGUUAAAGCAAUACACUUGGAUAUUGUGCCAUUUUCAAUCGAAAAUGGGCUAUUAACUCCAACUCAAUCAGAUUGA